CAGAUCCCCCACACAUUAAAGAGGACCAGAAGAAAGUCUGGACCAGUCAGGAGGGAGACCAGCUUCAAGGUCUGGAGGAGGCUGGUAUCAAGUUCUCAUUCACAGUGAAGACUGAAGAUGAUGAAGAGGAAGCUCAGUCCUCUCAGCUUCAUCAAAGACAAACUGAACACAUGGAAACAGAGUCUGAUGGAGAGGAUUGUGGAGGACCAGAACCAGACAGGAACUCAGAUCCAGAUACUGAUGAGAAGACCGGAGACUCUUCUGAACCAGAUACUGAUGAGAAGACCGGAGACUCUUCUGAACCAGAUACUGAUGAGAAGACUGGAGACUCUUCUGAACCAGAUACUGAUGAGAAGACCGGAGACUCUUCUGAACCAGAUAAUGAUGAGAAGACCGGAGACUCUUCUGAACCAGAUACUGAUGAGAAGACCGGAGACUCUUCUGAACCAGAUAAUGAUGACUGUGGUUGGAAGGAGACCAGAGAACCUCAAUCAGGUUUAAACUCUCAGAAUAAUAAUGAAGUUCAUGUCAGUGAUUCAAAAUGUAGUGCUGGUGAGAAACCAUUAAGCUGCUCUAAAUGUGGGGAAAGAUUUUACCUCAAGGAAGUUUUGAAGAGACACAUGAGAAGCCACACAGGAGAGAAACCCUUCAGCUGCUCAGUCUGUGAUAAAAGCUUUAAGUACAAUUCACAUCUAAAGGGACACAUGAUGAUGCAUACAGGAGAGAAACCCUUCAGCUGCUCAGAGUGUAAGAAAUCUUUUAUACAGAGAGGAACUUUAAAGGUACACAUGAGAUGCCAUACAGGAGAGAAACCUUUCAGCUGCUCAGAGUGUGAUAAAAGCUUUAAGAACAAUUCACAUCUGAAGGGACACAUGAUGAUGCAUACUGGAGAGAAACCCUUCAGCUGCUCAGAGUGUAAGAAAUCUUUUAUACAGAGAGGAGCUUUAAAGGUACACAUGAGAUGCCAUACAGGAGAGAAACCUUUCAGCUGCUCAGAGUGUAAGAAAUCUUUUGCACGCAGAGGAGCUUUAAAGGUACACACAAGAUGCCAUACAGGAGAGAAACCUUUCAGCUGCUCUGUCUGUAAAACAUCUUUUACAAACACGGGAGCCUUAAAGUUACACAUGUUUACUCAUACAGGAGAGAAACCGUUCAGCUGCUCAGAGUGUAAGGAAUCUUUUAAACAGAGGGCAACUUUAAAGUCACACAUGAGACGUCACACAGGAGAGAAACCCUUCAGCUGCUCUGUCUGUAAAACAUCUUUUACACAGAGUGGAGCCUUAAAGUCACACAUGAGACGUCACACAGGAGAGAAACCUUUCAGCUGCUCAGAGUGUAAAACAUCUUUUACAACAAGGGGAGGUUUAACGGUGCACAUGAGACGUCACACAGGAGAAAACUCCCUUUAGUGGUUCUGGUUUUCCGUCACUCGUCAACAAGACCUUGAGGUACUGGACUCCCUCUCUUGGGGCAGUGACUCACUUCCAACUGGGAGGACUCUAUCCACCGAUCUCCGUCAGAGAACCACGGCCUCAGACUCGGAGGUCCUGACUCAUCCUGACCAGUUUUAAAGAGCAGUUUCUGUGAUUAUUGUCAUAAAUAUGUAGACUUGAGUGUUUUCUAGUUUCUGAUUCUUAUUUUUCUACUUUGGGCGCAAACCAAAUUUGUCAGGCUUGGUGAAAAUAGACGUAUGAUAUAGACGUCAAAUUAGUGUUAAACAUGUCUCUGUAGCGCCCCGUCGAAGUUGAUCCGGCGACGCCCUCACCCAGAAUGUCCGAUUGACUUGAAACUGUUCACACAUCCAUCUCCACCUGCUCUACAAAAAAGUCUCCCAGACCCCUAAGGUCCGCCAUUUUUAAUUUUGUGAAAAACACAUAAUUGGCCACUUCUCCUACAAACUUUCUGUCGAUCAUGACUGAAGCUAUAUCCAUGUAGUCUAUAUACAUGUUGAAGUCUCCAACAUGUAUUAAAAACUUUUGGAUAUCUCAUUGUGUGCAAAAGAAAUCUUUUGCACGCAGAGGACCUUUAAAGUCACACAUGAGACGUCACACAGGAGAGAAACCUUUCAGCUGCUCAGAGUGUAAAACAUUUUUUACAACAAGGGGAGGUUUAACGGUGCACAUGAGACGUCACACAGGAGAAAACUCCCUUUAGUGGUUCUGGUUUUCCGUCACCAAGACCUUGAGGUACUGGACUCCCUCUCUUGGGGCAGUGACUCACUUCCAACUGGGAGGACUCUAUCCAUCGAUCUCCGUCAGAGAACCACGGCCUCAGACUCGGAGGUCCUGACUCAUCCUGACCACUGCCCACUGGGCUGACAGAGCGUGGUUACGGUCCCCGAUCUUAAGCAGGAGAAACUCAUAACACACACACACACAUAUAGGCUGUCAAGCUAAUUCCAUACACACAUGGUCUGUUAAGCGUGCUCUCCAUUUAAUUAAUCGCGGCGACUUUGGAGACUUGUUCAGUGAAAUCAAUCACGUGGCUCCCCGACUGUUCUACGCUCACUUCACCCCGUUAUUUAUUGAUGUUCUUGGGGAGUAUACUUGUAAUUGUAUAAUACAUUUUGUGUUGAUCUAUAAUAUUAUUGAGUUUGAUGAGUAUUGUUAAGGUAAAUAAACUCUGUUACAGUUUUAAA